AUGAAUACUGCUACAUGCACUUUUCGCCUGUUAUCUCGCGGGUCGAAAGCCAUAUUACAACAAAGAUCGAUUAUUACGGCAAGGCCAUUUUCAAUAUUGAAAAAUUCACGUUUAGCUAAUCCCGUCAAGAUUACGUUUAAUGGCAUUAAACCCUCCAAAUUAAAUCAAUUAAGUCAAAUUCGAACCGUUCAAACGCUCGACUUUGGUGGUUCCAAAGAAAAAGUUCAUGAACGAUCGGAUUGGCCGAAAGAAAAGUUUCAGAAACUUUUUGAAAAUGAUACAAUCGCUAUAAUUGGAUAUGGACCACAAGGAAGGGGUCAAUCUUUAAAUGCAAAAGACAAUGGAUUAAAUGUCAUCGUUGGCUUAAGAGAAGGGGGCAGGAGCUGGAAAUUAGCAUUGGAAGAUGGCUGGGUGCCUGGAAAGAAUCUCUUUAGUAUUAAUGAUGCUCUGUCUAAAGGAACAAUCAUUGGUAAUCUUUUGUCAGAUGCAGCUCAAAAGGAACUUUGGCCUCAAUUCGUUCCGCACUUAACGAAAGGGAAGACCAUAUAUUUCUCACAUGGUUUCUCAAUUGUAUACAAGGAUCAAACAAAUGUUGUACCACCAAAAGAUAUUGAUGUGAUUAUGAUAGCACCCAAAGGGUCAGGCAAAACUGUUCGUUCACAAUUCCUUGAUGGACGUGGUAUUAAUUCAUCAUUUGCGGUAUAUCAAGAUACCAGUGGUAAAGCACGAGAUAGAUGUGUUGCUCUUGGAAUUGCCAUUGGGUCCGGAUACCUUUACGAGACCGAUUUUAAAAAAGAAGUUUUCUCUGAUCUUUAUGGUGAACGAGGAGUUCUUAUGGGUGCCAUUCAGGGGCUAUUUCUUGCACAAUAUGAAGUAUUACGGGAGCAUGGACAUACACCUUCUGAAGCAUUUAAUGAAACAGUAGAAGAAGCCACUCAAUCAUUGUAUCCAUUAAUCGGAGAGAAUGGCAUGGAUUGGUAA